CGACAGAGGCAAGGCAAGACGAAAAUACAAGAAACUUAAAAAGAGAAUACAAAGAGAAGGAGCGACAAGCCCUAGAGUAGUCAGCAGAGAGGAAGCGCAAAGAAAGGGGGAAGAAAAAGACGAGAAAAGAAGAAGCAGUAGCAGUAGAGAGAAUGGGGUGGAUGGGGGAUACCGUUGAUUCCAUCAAGUCCAUCCAGAUCCGCCAGCUCCUUUCGCAGGGCGUUAGUCUUGGUAAGUCUAGGUCUAGCCAACCUGGUCUUCAAUUUACCUAUAUGAUCGCUCCCCCCCCUGUUCGUGAUUUUGACUGCCCAAUUGCAUGCCGGGGAAUGGAAGAGAGUUUGUUUCAGUUGCCGGAAUUCUGGAGUCUAUUUUUAAUUGAAUUUUGGGUUUGUAAGCCUUGAUGUGCCAAAUAUUGUUUCGCUGUGUUGUGGUUUCGGAAAAUGCAAGGUUGGGUUUCUCGUCUGGACGAGAAUUUGAGUUUCAACGAUUUCAAAGCCUAUGGAUCUAUUACCUUACUCAGUGCUCAUUCUGUUUCCAUGCAUCAUCGAAUGUAUGAUUGUUACCUCUGCGCUAAUAAUAUGGAAAGCGUUAAUGUGCUUCACUGGCAGCGAAUCUCCAGUGGUGGUUGUGCUUUCUGGAAGUAUGGAACCAGGAUUCAAAAGGGGUGAUAUUUUGUUUCUGCACAUGAGCAACGAUCCUAUCCGUACCGGCGAGAUUGUUGUCUUCAAUGUUGAUGGCAGGGAAAUUCCGAUAGUCCACCGUGUGAUUAAGGUUCAUGAAAGACAAGAAACUGGGGACGUUGAAGUUUUGACCAAAGGAGACAAUAAUUAUGGGGAUGAUAGGCUUUUGUACGCUCAAGGUCAGCUAUGGCUGCAGCGGCAUCAUAUCAUGGGCAGGGCUGUUGGAUUCUUACCGUAUGUUGGCUGGGUGACAAUCAUCAUGACUGAGAAGCCUAUUAUCAAGUAUAUACUUAUUGGUGCAUUGGGGCUGCUGGUCAUAACUUCUAAAGAUUGAGGGGAAGGCAUGAAGAUGUAGGGAGUCAUUAGCCUUCUGUUUUGAUUCACAGUGAAUUAAUGAAUUUGAGGACUAGAAUGAAAUGGAGAGAAAUUACGACGGUUUAGCUUGCUUUUGCUGUAAUAGGCUAGUGACUUGCUGUUGAGGACAGUAGCCUAUAGGGUCUGGCUGGAUAUCCUCGAAUCGAAAGGUGAAGCGAGUUAAUUACAACGGUUUAGCAGUAGUACGACUUCCGAACUGGUGGUUUGGUGCCUGGAAAACUGACAUGUUAGCUAAUUAAGAAAAUUUUAUAACUUUUGUUACAAUGAUGAGAAUGAUGUAGCCAAUGGUGUUUCCUAC